GCAGCCAGAGCUUUUGGAGAUUACCUGUCUCACACACACCCUGAGAACCGUGCCGGCUCAGGUAGGUAACCUCUUCACCUGUGCCCAGCCUCAUUUGGUAGCCUACAUCCCAACCUCAUCUAGUACAUUACAUAGCUUUCCUUAUCACAUGGCUUCACAUUUCCUAUAACUUUCCACAUCACACGGCCUUCCUCUCAUCCCACUGUAUAGCAGUUAGAAUGCUCUGAAAACUUGAUAUCUGGCAUAUUUUACUGUGAGAGGGUGUAUCUUCCCGAGGCCCAGGACCAAGUAAGAAUGCCAAACCCCUUUUAUCCUCCAACUCAUCCUCUCAAAAUCCCUCCUAAUUCUCCUCCCCUCACUCAUUCCCCUUCUCCGUCAUCCAUCCCUUCACAUCUCUUUCCCCCUCUCAUCUCCCAAAAGCUUUGUUGGCUCCCUGAUGUUUGCUCAAAUGUUGCCAAGGCCUUGAGAGCACAAGACGAACAGCUCAUCUCUUUGUACCCCCCCCCCCCCCCCCCCCUCUCUCUCUCUCUCCAGAUCACCUGCUGUCUGAUACCUUUAUCGGCCAAGACACAGACUCCCCUGACAUCAGUCGUCUCCACAACAACCUGCACCCUCAGAACCAGGCACACAGUCUCCAGCCCCAGCCCAGCACCCUGCAGCCAGGCACUCUGCAGCCCACAGGCACCUCCAAGAGCAGGCUCUCAGCAGGGCUCUUAGCGGAGCACAGUUUCUCCUCUGAGGAGCAGCAGCCGCCUCCCAGGUCUGCGGAGGGAAGCCUGACCGGCCUGAAGCCAGCUGCCCAGCGGGUCUACACCAUCACCAGGGAGGGAGGCAUGCUAGGGGGCCGAGGCAGUGAGGAGAGCCUGGAGCUGGAGGUGCUGAAGCAGCCCCUGUCCCCUCCUCCCUCCGCCAACCAGCCCUCGUUCACCAAUCAACAACCACCAGGCAGCAAACACCACCGUGGCGAUGGCAACCAUCACCGUGGCAACCAUAACCAUGGCCCACAGAACCACAGGUCCCAGCCCCUGCAGAGCUCGGGGAGCGCCCAUAACAUCCGGGACUGGGGGGUGCGGAGAGGGGGCUCGCGGGAGGACUGCACCCCAGAGUGUGUGACCUGCAUCAGGGCCCCGUGUCAGAGCCAGCGCUCCCUGGAUCUGGAGACGUCCCCGCGAGACGGCGGCAAACCGAGGAAGAAGCUGGAGAGGAUGUACAGCGAGGACAGAGACAGAGACAGACAAGGCUCUGCUGAGGAG